AUGAGCUUCUCAUUCGGCAACACCAACAACAACAAUAGCGGAGGUAGCGCGCCUAAUAAGAAUCUUUUUGGCGCACCUGCCUCAAGUAGCGGUGGACCGACGACGCUUUUCGGCACCACGACGAACAACACGACCAGCGCACCCAGCAGCGGCGGUCUCUUCAGCAGCGCGGGUGGAGGCACUUCUAAUUUGUUCGGCGCCGGCGUAUCGAGCACACCUGCGAGCAAGCCGGGCGGUCUAUUUGGCGGAGGCCAAGCUACGUCGGGCGCGUCGUCAACACCUGGUAUGGGAUUUGGAGGAGGAUUCAAGAAAGAGGGAGAUGCGUCCAAGCCAGCAAACACAGGACUGUUCAGUGGAGCGGGUGCUUCUACUGGCGGAGCGGCGACGUCUUCGGGACCCUCGUUUGGGUUCGGUACAUCCGCUGCCACGCCCGCAGUAAACAAGACGUCAUUACUACCAUCCACGACUCCAGCCGGGCCACCUCCCGGUGGUCUGUUCGGUCAGAAUAAUCAGGCCGGAAGUACAUCCUCUUUGUUCAACACGAAGCCAACCACAACAACUUCCUCUGGCCCUGGUCUUUUUGGUGGCGCUACCUCUGGACAAACUGCUGCGAAGCCUGCCUUCUCUCUAGGCGGGAACCAAGCAACAUCCGCUGCACAGGACACCUCUAAACCCGCAGGUAGUCUCUUCAGCGGCAUCGGUAGCACAACUCCCUCUUCCACACCAGCAAAACCUUCCCCAUUCAGCCUCGGCGCUACAACUACGGGACAGCAGGCUUCCUCGCAGGCUACCUCGAGCGCGCAACCGGCUAUGUCUUUGGGUGGAACCUCUGCUCCUCCAGCGUCCUCUGCAGGAGGAGCCAGCAGCGGGUUCAGCUUUGGCACUACUGCUGCUAGCACAGCGGCGACUACUGGAGCUACCACCACAGCAACAAGCGGUGCGCCCACCACAACCGCACCUCCUGCCCUUCCAGCGUUCCCAGCCCCGGGUGGUGCAAGCUCAGCACCUGCCACCUCUGGAGCUACAACCUCCGCAAGCACCGCUCCAAAUGUGUCCAGCAGGCCCACCGGAACCGAAGCUCCUGCUUCAUCAUCAAACACAACCACACAGCCAGCAUCUACUUCUGGAGCCACUAGCGGUACCUCGGGAAACAAUGCUGCUCAAGCUGGAUUAGCUGCCUCGACAGCUGGGCCAGCACCAUCAGCUCAGUCACGACUAAAGAACAAGUCCAUGGACGAAAUCAUUACCCGCUGGGCAGCCGACUUGUCAAAGUACCAGAAGGAAUUCCAAGCACAAGCUGAGACAGUCGCUUCGUGGGACCGAGCUUUGGUGGAAAACUCAGACAAGGUUCGACAGCUGUACUCAAAGACCUUUCAGGCAGAGCGAGAUGCUGCGGAGGUCGAGAGACAAUUGACGAUUGUGGAGGAUAAUCAGAACGAGCUUGACUCGUACCUGGACCGAUAUGAGAAGGAAAUUGACAACCUCAUGAAGAUGCACGGUGUCAACAGUAAGAACGAAACUUUGCGUGGACCCGAUCAGGAGCGUGAGAGGACCUACAAGCUUGCCGAGAAGCUUCAAGACCGCCUCAACGAGCUUAACAAGGACCUCACGGAGAUGAUUGAAGAAAUCAACAACACUUCGCAAACCCUCAGCAAGACCGGGAAGCCAGAUGAUCCCCUAACCAAGGUCGUCCGCGUUCUCAACACACAGCUCGCUCAGCUCCAGCUUAUUGACUCUGGCGCUUCUCAGCUUCAGCAGAAGAUCAAAGAGGCACAGAGCGAGACACGCAGCGUUGGCGCUAACGGCUGGAACGGACUUGGUUCGGACCCUUCGGCCGACUUUAUGAAGAGCGUUCGGGGCGGUCGUGCCUCGCAGCGGUUCGGCGGAGUAUCGUAGACGUCUCGGCCUGAACAUGUAGGAUUAACGAAAGAAGGAGAGGUCAUUGGUUGUUUGGACAUGCAUUCCCAUUGGCGUUAAUAAAGAAAGCCGCAUAUUGAGGAUAUACGUGCGUGCAAAUUUAGUAGUACAGAAGCCAGAACUUAGUUGAA